AUGAACGGGAGGGGGAUCAAGUCCGCCGUCAGGACACCCUCGACGACGGGAGGAGAACCGCCAGCAACAGCAUUCUCCUCGAACCCCCAAGACCGCACGCCGCGGACGCCCCAGCGGGUACGCUUCGACCCGAACCCGACGAUCCUGCACGGUCUCACGCCCAACGGCACGGCAACGACGACGAGCUUCGACACGAUGCGGACGAGUGAGGAGCGCGACAGCAUCGAUGGCCUCGACUUUGAGCUCGACGACGACUACCACGAUGACGAUGACUAUAACGACCACGGGGCUGGACAGCACAGGCGGCCCCUGCUCACGGGGAUCGAGGCGCCGUCGGUGGCGCUGGCCAACAGCCCUUGGGCGGGCGAGUUCGAGGACGUGCACAGCUGGGCCGAGUCGGAGAGGCAGCGGCCCAAGUCGGGCCUGCGCAGCGCCUUCAUGAACAUGGCCAACAGCAUCAUCGGCGCGGGCAUCAUCGGGCAACCGUAUGCGUUCCGGCAGGCCGGCCUGCUGUCCGGCAUCAUUCUGCUGAUCGGGCUCACCGUCGUCGUUGACUGGACCAUCUGCCUGAUUGUGGUGAACAGCAAGCUGUCGGGCGCCAACAGCUUCCAGGGCACCGUCGAGAAGUGCUUCGGCCGGAGCGGGCUCAUCGCCAUCAGCCUUGCUCAGUGGCUGUUUGCAUUUGGCGGCAUGGUUGCAUUUGGUGUGGUCGUGGGCGAUACCAUACCGCAUGUCCUGGCAGCGAUCUGGCCUGGCCUGAGGGACGUGCCGGUCUUGGGGCUCUUGACCGACAGGAGGGCGGCCAUCGUGGUGUUUGUUUUGGGCGUCAGCUUUCCCCUGACGCUGUACAGAGAUAUUGCAAAGCUCGCAAAAGCUAGCACGCUCGCCCUGAUCAGCAUGAUGAUCAUUCUAGUCACGGUGAUGGUUCAGGGCAUCUUGACACCCUCGGCGGAACGCGGAUCGUUCAGCACACCACUCCUCACCAUCAACUCGGGCAUCUUUCAGGCGAUCGGUGUGAUAUCGUUUGCCUUCGUGUGCCACCACAACUCGCUCCUAAUCUACGGAUCCCUCAAGACGCCCACCAUCGACCGCUUCAGCAGGGUGACACACUUCUCGACAGGCGUGUCCAUGCUGGCCUGCAUGCUCAUCGCGCUCGCGGGGUUCCUCACCUUUGGUGACCGGACCCUCGGCAACGUCCUCAACAACUUUCCCGCCGACAACGUCAUGGUGAACCUGGCGCGGCUCUGCUUCGGCCUCAACAUGCUCACCACGCUCCCGCUCGAGGCCUUUGUGUGCCGCGAGGUCAUGCUCAACUACUAUUUCCCCGGGGAGCCCUUCAACAUGAACAUGCAUCUCAUCCUCAGCACCAGCCUGGUCGUCAGCGCCAUGGUCCUGAGCCUGGCCACGUGCGACCUCGGAUCCGUCUUUGAGCUCGUCGGCGCCACGAGCGCGUGCGCCAUGGCCUAUAUACUACCGCCCUUGUGUUACAUCAAGCUGACGAGUCGGUCGUGGAAGACGUAUGUGGCCAUGGCGAUCGUGGCUUUUGGGUGUUGUGUCAUGGUCAUCAGUACAUUUCAGGCUGUGGGAAAGAUGAUAAAAGGUGAGGGAGGAGUUACUCAGUGCAUGUAA